AUGGCUGGGUCGCAGUCGCUGCUGCUGGCUGACCCGCGUAGGUACGAGCUGUUGAGCUCCCCCAGCAUCGACCAUCCACUCUACUUGAGUUGCGCUUCUCACAACACUCACCCCCCGCAACCAAUCCAUUUCGGAGGCAACGAUAGGAAAGUGGUCGCUGAUAUGUCGUACUUCUUUACAACGCCGGUGGAUAUCGAUAUCGUACUGGACGAUGGCGACGACAGGCAGAUGGUGGACAUGAAGACGGAGAAGGGCCGGCGGGAGAAGGCACCUCUAUACAAGGACGGGGAAUCGGUCAAGGGCGCCGUGACGAUCCGACCGAAGGACGGCAAACGGUUAGAGCACACGGGCAUCAAGGUGCAGUUCAUCGGCACAAUUGAGAUGUUCUUCGAUCGAGGAAACCACUACGAAUUCCUUUCCCUGGGCCAGGAGCUAGCUGCCCCGGGGGACCUGCAACACCCUCAAGCCUUCGACUUCAACUUCAAGAACAUCGAGAAGCAGUACGAGUCCUACAGCGGCAUCAACGUGCGGCUCCGCUACUUCGUGCGCGUGACGGUCUCGCGGCGUAUGGCCGACGUGAUCAGGGAGAAGGAUAUCUGGGUCUACUCGUACCGGAUACCGCCCGAGAUGAACAGCUCCAUCAAGAUGGACGUUGGCAUCGAGGACUGCUUGCACAUUGAGUUUGAGUACUCGAAGUCCAAAUACCACCUGAAGGACGUUAUUGUUGGACGCAUAUACUUCCUGUUGGUCAGGCUGAAGAUUAAGCAUAUGGAGCUGUCAAUCAUAAGAAGGGAGACUACGGGUGCGGCUCCCAAUCAGUACAAUGAGAGCGAGACGUUGGUUCGGUUUGAGAUUAUGGAUGGUUCUCCGUCCAGAGGAGAGACAAUUCCAAUUCGACUUUUCCUAGGAGGUUUCGACUUGACCCCAACAUUCAGGGAAGUCAAUAAAAAAUACUCUACAAGAUAUUACCUCAGUCUCGUACUAAUCGACGAAGACGCACGACGUUACUUCAAGCAAUCAGAAAUUGUGCUCUAUCGUCAGGCACCCGAGAUCGCAGCGAGCGCUGGCCAGCAAACACAGAUUACGGGAGCGCCACCCCCAGAAAGGACCCCAGUGGCGCAGGCCUAG